GUCAGGACACUGUGACUGUAGAAACCUAAUUGGGCGUAAACAAAAUCGGGGACAAAGGAACAGACACCCUCUUUUCUGCUUCUCGAGCUCUUGAACUCAUUCAUUCUGUUCAUUUCACCAUGUGGCGAGUCAUUGGGAAGCAGUUGCGGCCCAACAGAGGUCAAGCAGAGAGGACGCCCAUAGUCUGCUCUUCCUGUACUCGUCAUUUAUCGCAAAUCAGGCAAAAGAGCUCCCCAGGAUCAAGUAAACCCAGACGGGAACUCGAGAAAUACGACGCUUCUGUUGUGGAAGCUGGAUGGUACGAAUGGUGGGAAUCACAAGGUUUUUUUACACCAAGAACAGCUUCCGCUGUGGGGUCGGCCGAUGGUCUUAAUGAGGCUGGAAGAGGCAAAUUAUCAGCUGACUCUGUCCCUCAGUUUACAAUGCUCACUCCUCCACCUAAUGUCACAGGGUAUCUCCACAUUGGGCACGCGCUCACCGCCUCAAUUCAGGACUCGCUUGUACGCUGGCGUCGCAUGCGGGGUGAGAGCGUCUCCUGGAUUCCAGGAAUGGAUCAUGCUGGCAUCAGCACACAAACAGUGGUCGAAAAGAAACUGAUGCGCGAACGCAACUUGACACGGCACGACCUGGGUCGUGAUGCGUUUAUUGAGAAAAUUUGGGAAUGGAAACAGCUACAUGGCGACAAAAUCAUACAGCAAUGGAAGAGGUUAGGGGCUUCUAUGGAUUGGAACCAAAGUUUUUUCACCUUGGAUGAGACAAGAACAGAGGCGGUCAAAUCAGCAUUCAUCCAACUCUUCCGAAAUGGUCACAUCUAUCGCGAUACAAGGCUUGUCAACUGGUGUUGCGCUCUGGAAACUGUGAUAUCAGAUAUCGAGGUUGAUUAUGAAGAUAUUCAAGGCAAAACCAUGCUCAAUGUCCCCGGGCGUCUCAAAAAGGUCGAGUUUGGGGUCCUGCACGACUUUGCAUACAAAGUGGAUGGAGAUGAUACUCAAGAGCUUGUUGUGUCCACAACCCGCAUUGAGACAAUGUUGGGCGACGAGGCCGUAGCUAUUCAUCCCGAUGACUCCAGAUACACCCACCUGCAUGGCAAGUAUGUUGUACAUCCCAUUUCUGGAAAACGACUCCCUAUUAUUUGUGACCCUGAACUUGUAGACAUGAGCUUUGGAACAGGGGCUGUCAAAGUCACUCCUGCUCAUGAUCCCAACGAUUACGUCUGUGGAAGAAGACAUGGACUCCCCAUUGUAAAUAUCCUUGACAAGGACGGCAAGUUUAAUGCAAACUGCGGAUCAAAAGCUUAUGAGAAUAUGAAUAGGUUUGAUGCUCGUACUAAAAUUGUGGAGGAGCUGAAGGCUCUUGGUGUUUACCGGGGUAAGAAUGAGGAACACGUUAUGCGAUUAGCAAGAUGUUCAAGAUCUAAAGACGUAAUUGAACCCAUGGUGAUGCCGCAGUGGUAUAUCAAGUGUGAUGGUAUGGCACAACGCGCUCUGAAAGAUGCAGAAAAUCAAAAUCUUAUUUUCCACCCUGAUUCAGCAAUCAAGGAGUGGAAUCGCUGGCUCGAAAACAUUCAGGAUUGGUGUAUCUCACGUCAGCUGUGGUGGGGCCACCGUAUUCCAGCAUAUAAACCAAUCUUUGAGGACAUCAAUACCCUUUCGUCUAUAUUUGAUAGUCCUGAGUCUGUAGGCGAUGGCCCAUGGUUUGUGGCAGAAUCUCAAGAAAAAGCAUCGCAACAGAUCCACGAUUUUAUCUCUCGAAAAAACCUACAACAUUUAAAGUACAAGGUUGUCCAGGAUGAAGAUGUUCUCGACACCUGGUUCUCCUCAGGACUUUUGCCUUUAUCUGCUCUGGGGUGGACAGGCCACAAUCUAUUUUCAUCAGGAAGUAAGAUCCCAGAUUACUAUCCGACGACGAUGAUCGAGACCGGAACGGAUAUCAUGUUCUUUUGGAUUGCGAGGAUGGUAAUGCUUUGUACUCAUCUCUCAGAUCAAACCCCAUUUAAAGAUAUCAUGUUUCAUGCCAUGGUUCGUGAUGCCCAGGGUCGUAAAAUGAGCAAAUCUCUCGGGAAUGUAAUCGAUCCUACACAUGUAAUCGAAGGUAUCUCGCUCCAGGACUUGAAAACCACGUUGGAAGGAGGAAAUUUGGCAGCCAAAGAAGUGAAGCGAUCUCAAGCACAGAUGGAGAAGGACUUCCCUAAAGGCAUCAAGGCUAGUGGAGCAGAUGCAUUACGUUUUGCGCUGAUAACAUCAACGCAGCAGUCUCGACAGAUCAACUUAGAUUUGUCGAAUGUCACAUCUGCACAGCACUUUGCAAACAAACUGUGGAACUUAUCUGUGUUUUCUAGAAUGCGCAUAAAAGAAUUCGACUUUACAUACACGACCACAUCUGAGACCGUUAUCGCCCAAGGCUUAACAGAGCUUAGGAGAGCUAAUUCUGGUCAGCAACAACAGGGUGGGUUGACGCUUGUGGAGCGGUUCAUCAUGUCUCGUCUCGCUGAUACAGUUUCAAGAGUAAACUCUAGUAUGGAGCAACUUGAACCUUCGCUUGCAACAGAAGCACUGAGAAAAUUUAUCAUCCAAGAUUUAUGUGAUGUCUAUGUUGAGUUUAUCAAGCCCACUUUGUCCUCGUCGGGCGAGUCAGCACUUCAACAGAAGCCUAGGAUUUUCAAGGUGCUUCAAACGUGCCUUGACGCUUCAUUAAGGAUGAUGCAUCCAUUCAUGCCCUUUGUUACUGAGGAAUUGUGGCAAAAAAUGCUUCCAGUUACGGCGCCUCAGAAUGCCUCUAUCAUGACUUCGGUUUUCCCAUCCGAUCAAGAACUUCAGAUUUGGAAGGAUGAGGCCGCAGAACGAGAUAUGGAAAUCAUAUUGGGUCUGAUUCAGGGUUCGCGCUCUUUGCGUCAGGGUCACCAAGUACACGUGUCUAAAGAAUUGCCUAUCACAAUUUGGACAAGUGAUAUAUCUCUUCUUGCCAAAGAUAGUGCACUUCAGCAGAGCCGUGCCUACCUUUCGCACUUCAUGCGUGCGAAGGGCGAGAUCACAUUUAUUGAUGGAUCAACACCAACAUCCACUUCGAGUUUGAGGACGAUGGUCGACGAACAAACUGAUCCCCUUGUAGCUCACUUAGUAUCACCGCAGGUCAAAUUACUUAUACCUUUAUCUGCAAUUCAAAAAGCUAUUGAAUCUGCGGAACCUGCAGAGUCAUCAUCUUCGUCUUUUGCAGUUGGCAAUCGCCAAAAGCAACAGCAAGACCUUCAACGUCUAGAGAAGAAAUUGACAGAAGUGCACGAUAGCCUCGAAAAGCUAGCAUUACGCAUGGCAAAGCCAGAGUAUCUAGAAAAGGUACCUGAGCGUCAGAGGAUGACCGAUAAGAAGCGUAAACAAGACUUGCUGUCUCAAGAAGAGCAUUUACAAGCGAGCAUGAAAACACUGAUGGCGGCUCAGAAAGCGGUUUAAGCCAACCAACCAAAUAAAAUAGAGAAAAGGACUAGUCAUUUUAGGGUAUUUUCUACAGCACUUUAAACACUUUAAACGUUUAUUUGGAGGCAAAAGAAUAGAACGACCUAAACUUUGGUUUCUACUGAUCAGUUAAACAAUGGCUCUAUCAUUGUGCAGAUCCAAGCACUGUACUUUUUUUUUUUUUUCCUAU